GAGCCGAUUGGUCCGUCGGCUGCCCUUCCCUGGCGUGACGUCACGAGGAGCGCUGCUGGUGCGGUUGCCAAGUACAGAAUCAGGGGGAGAGCGCACAGUUGGAGAGACGGACGGAGCGUGGACGCGGCUGCUGGACCUCACUGACUCCUGCGUUUCAGUAUUGUUUCUGACCGUAACACCAAGAAGAUGCCACUGGGUGAUGAUUGCCAUCCCUUGAAAAAGAAAACCUCAGAUGUGAAGGAGAAGUAUGACUUCAAAGAGAUCCUAGGAACGGGAGCGUUCUCGGAGGUGGUCCUGGCUGCGGAGAAAAGGACCCAGAAGUUGGUGGCUAUCAAGUGUAUUCCUAAGAAGGCAUUAGAGGGCAAAGUAAACAGCAUUGAGAAUGAGAUAGCAGUCCUACACAAGAUUAAACACACCAACAUCGUCUCUCUGGAAGAGAUAUUCGAGAGUAAAUCACACCUCUACCUUGUAAUGCAACUGGUGUCUGGAGGGGAACUCUUCGAUCGGAUCAUAGAGAGAGGCUUCUAUACGGAGAAAGAUGCCAGUAAGCUCAUUCAGCAGAUUCUGGACGCUGUCAAAUACCUCCACAACAUGGGGAUUGUGCAUCGUGACCUCAAGCCUGAGAAUCUGCUUUACUACAGUAUGGACGAAGACUCCAAAAUCAUGAUCAGUGACUUUGGUCUGUCUAAAAUCGAAGGCUCUGACAGCGUGAUGUCGACGGCCUGUGGGACGCCUGGAUACGUUGCACCUGAGGUGUUGGCUCAGAAGCCCUACAGCAAAGCAGUGGACUGCUGGUCUAUCGGGGUCAUAGCCUACAUUCUGUUGUGCGGGUAUCCACCGUUCUACGAUGAGAACGAUGCCAAACUGUUUGAGCAGAUCUUGAAGGCUGAAUAUGAGUUUGAUUCUCCAUACUGGGAUGAUAUUUCGGAUUCAGCCAAAGACUUCAUAGUCCACCUGAUGGAGAAGGACCCCAAUAUGCGUUACACCUGUGAGCAGGCACUGCAGCACCCCUGGAUCGCUGGAGACACCGCUCUGGAUAAGAACAUCCAUGAAUCUGUCAGUGCUCAGAUUAAGAAGAACUUCGCGAAAAGCAAGUGGAAGCAAGCGUUCAACGCCACAGCAGUGGUUCGUCACAUGAGGCGUCUCCAGCUGGGCACCAGCCAUGAGGGACCCAACCCCAACCUCCCCAGCCCGUGCCGAACUCACCUGCUGAUGCCAGAGGAAGAUGCAGAAGCAUGUUGUGAGGGAGGCUGCUCCCAGAAUGUCGACGGUGGGGCGGAACCUCUGUCCAACUGCACCUACCGCUGCCACCCGACCAGCAGAGUGUGAUGCCUGCUCCGGCUCCGCUUACCUGUGUAAUCAAUCCCAGUGACGUUCCAAUUUAACCCCCUCGGUGGAAGCGGAGGCUUCUUCUCCCCCUUUAUCUGGUUUGGAAUGCAGCGUCAUUCCGCCAUCUCACCUCCAGGGGGAGCAAGCUUGUCCAGCCUGAGAAGGAAGGCAUAAAAAUGGGUUAGAAAGGAGGAGGGAGACCUUAUGAUAAUGAUGAUAUUGAUGAUGAAGCACCAGUGGAUCACUUUUACAGACUGGGCUGGCAGUUUGGCUCGGCGGAAAGGAGGGGAACAUCCCCCACCAAAGUGUCAGGGGGAUUGUUUUCGCUGAAGCAGACAGAGCUUGUUGGACACUGUUUUUAAUCAACCUGUCUCUUUGUUUUAUUUCGUUUACCAUUUUCUAUAUUUUUGUGUCGUCUUUUCAUCCCCCUGCUCUUAGACCCAGGAGUGUGAAUCCAGAAUCACCAUCUUCAUGAUCAGGGGAGAGUUUUUCCAGAUGCAUGUUUUGAAGACUUUUGAAGACAGCAAAAGUCAAAUGCAACGGCUGAGUGCUGAGCGUAGGUUAGUCACUGCAGAAAGGCUUAUUUUGGUACGUGGCAGUAAUUAAAGUUAAAUCUAGAAAUAAAAUUUGACAGACGUGCAGCCUUUUACUGCAAAUCAUGCCUUUAGACAACCAGUGACGGGAUAGUUUAUGCAAUCGAAUCUCCAUGGAUGUAUUAUGUAGCCUUCUAGUGUUUCCAUGCAGCAGUCAGGCUUCUCGCGUCUCUUUUAACCCCAGACUCCUUCAAUGAAUUGAGUGCAGGGAUAUAUCUUCGUCUACGGUGCCUUCAGGAUAGAUGGUACGAUGGGGGUUCUUUUUGGGUAACUUUCAAUAUGUUUGACGUGUUGCUCUUGCAGCACAGACUCUUUCUGUAAGUUCAUAUUUUGUAUGUGUAAUAUUUUCAGUUAUGCUUUUGUCUCUGUCAUUUUUUAAAAUCUCAUUAGAGGCCCGCACAUCUGCUGAUAUUAGUCGAGCGUGUUUUGUUUUUCACCACAAUCAUUUUAAAAUUGUGUUAAUAUUCUUUCGAGUUUGUUGCCACCUCCCUCAGCGAAGCCCCAAUCACAUCUUUAAACAUGAGGUCUUACAGAAUAUUUUUUGCCCACGACAGCUUUUUUUGCCAAUUUGUAAAAGCACUAGUCUGUGAAGCUCUGCUGGUUUAGAAGGAUUCAAUCUGGUGAACAAAUGCAAAAAAAACUCAAAUAUGUUAUGCAUCUGUAACUAUGUACUGUACCCAUAGCGCCAUUCCACGUCUCUUCUUCCAGUGUUUUACAGGUAGAGGAAGCCUGUCUGAAAUCUGGAUUAAAGAAUGUAAAUAUGCAUCA